GGAGGGGCGGCUCAUAAUCCCCGGCCGGCCCCGCUCUUAGCCGUGUCGGAUUCUGCUUCCCCGCGGCGUCCCGGAUCGUUCUCGCAGGACCAGGAUGCCGGGCCUGGUGGUCGCCGCUCUCCUGCUGCAGAGCAUCGCCGGCUCGGGCGCGUUCGCCGCAGGGAGGAGGAAUGUGGACCCCGAAACGAACAUGAACAUCAGCGAAAUUAUCACCUUCAGGGGAUAUCCUAGUGAGGAGUAUGAAGUGACGACAGAAGAUGGGUAUAUCCUUUCCAUUAAUAGAAUUCCUUAUGGAAGAAAAGGCCAUGAGGGAAGCAAAGGUCCAAGGCCUGCUGUGUUUCUGCAGCACGGUUUGCUUGCAGAUGCCAGCAACUGGAUCACAAACUUAGAUUACAACAGCCUUGGCUUUAUGCUGGCAGAUGCUGGCUAUGAUGUAUGGCUGGGAAACAGCAGAGGGAACACCUGGUCCAGGAAACAUACACACUUCACAGUGAAACAGGAAGAAUUCUGGGUUUUCAGCUUUGAUGAAAUGGCUAAGUAUGACAUUCCAGCCUCAGUGGACUUCAUUUUGGCAAAAACUGGCCAGGAACAAGUAUUUUACAUUGGCCAUUCACAAGGCACCACAAUGGCUUUCGCUGCUUUUUCAACUUUGCCACAGCUGGCUAAGAAAAUCAAAAUGUUCUUUGCCUUGGCACCAGUAGCUACAGUCAAGUUUGCCACUAGUCCUCUGGUAAAAUUGGGAGUGUUUCCUGACCUGCUACUCAAGGACAUGUUUGGAAAGAAGCAGUUCCUCCCGGAGAAUUCUGUGCUGAAGUGGCUUGCUACUCAUGUUUGCACCCACAGAAUUCUUGAUGACCUUUGUGGCAACUUAUUCUUUCUUCUAUGCGGUUUUAAUGAGAGAAACUUGAAUAUGAGCCGAGUGGAUGUGUAUUCAACACAUUGCCCUGCGGGAACAUCUGUCCAAAACAUGAUCCACUGGAGCCAGGCUGUGAAAACUGGGGAACUCAAAGCUUAUGACUGGGGAAGCAAGGCUGCAAAUAUGGCUCACUACAACCAGUCUACUCCCCCUUUCUACAAAAUAAAAGAGAUGACUGUGCCAACUGCAGUGUGGACUGGUGGACAGGACUGGCUGGCAGACCCAAAAGAUAUUGCUAUGCUGCUCACUCAGAUCACAGAUUUGGUUUACCAUAAAAAUAUUCCAGAAUGGGAACAUUUGGAUUUCAUCUGGGGCCUUGAUGCACCUUACCGCAUGUACAAUGAAAUAAUUAACAUGAUUAGGAAGCAUCUCUAAACUGGCAUAGUAUUUCAGAGUAUUACAAGAAUUUGCCUUUUUUUUGAAAAAUACACUUUUCUGGCAGUAAUGCUACAUUGUUUAGUAUGAUGCAUUUUUAAAAUGCCAGCAAUGACUAGUGAAUUGGAUUCAUAUUUCAUUGAUGUUUUUCAGUAUUAUUUCUCUCUCCUCGUAAUAUUCUGCUGAUUUUGCACACAGUGGCAUGGUACUCAAAACACAGCAGUAGGACGUAGCACAAAAGGAGUAUGUCACUUGCACAUGAAUUUAGUGACAUGUCUGAAAGACAAGUUAGUCCGUUCAGCACAUCAGAUGCUUGAAAAUUAAAACAACAAGUAUUUCAUUGUGCAUAAAACACUGUCCUUUCCCAGUAUGUUGUUAUUUCUCAGUACCUUUCAUGAGUACUCUGUGUACUACAUUGACCCAUUUGGUGCUGGCACUUUACAAAGCACUUAGUAACUUUUGGCUGUGUUAUUAUUUUAGCCAUCACAUGAAAGCUAGCUACAUCAGAUUACUUGCAUUUUCAAUGCUGCCCAGAAGAACUAUCAUGAAGCGAGAGAUGACAACUGUCAGUUAAAAUUCCUAUUUUGGGACUGAUUCAUUGCUGCAUUUUCUUGAUUUAAUGGUGUCCCUUUCAUGUUUCACAUACCAGCUAUGGAUACAGGUCAUUAUUUGCCCUCACAGAUUACUGGAACAAGGGUAGUGGUUCAAAGAAAACCACUUUCAGUUAACUUUGUCAAUAGGUCGUGGCUUUCAAGGAGAAUGAUGUAACAUAUACUUGCAUUUUGCACUGACCACUAACUAGAAAACAAGCUCUCCCAGUAAACUAAUGGUGGGAGAAGAGCCAAAGCAUUAAUUCCACAGUUUGAGUGGCUUCAUUUGUGUGGACUUUCCCCCUUAAUCAUGUGCUGCUUUGAAGAUCAAUUUACUUCUUAACUGUUUAUGUGGUGCUCCCCACCAGUGUGUUGAAGAACUGUACAACAGCCUGGAGAAGUCUGACAGUAUUAACAGCAGUUCCAUUUGUCUCAGUUUCCACUUCAAACUGGGGCUAAGCCCCCAUUUAAUGGGGAAGAGGAUUCACAUCUGCCUCAGAGUUCUUACUUUGGAGGUCUUUCUAUUGACUAUGCAGAGGACUUUUGCUUCUCUGAGAUGCCUGUAAGUUCCAUGCCAAAUGAAAAAUCUCCAGAGCUGUUUGCCUCAGUGCAGGUGAUUUCUGUGCCAUGGUUGAAUUCAACCCAGAUUUCUGUCAGUAAUUCCAACAGGAUAAAGAGCCUUUCUACACGGUAUAGGAAAUUGUGCAUUUUAAACUGAACCACGCUUUUUUUAAAAAAAAAAAAAGGAAAAAAAAGGAAAAAAAAGGCAAAAAUAUACAUAAGCCAUAAAUUAGGGCUUAUUUGUUUCGAUUUAUUUUAUUACUAACUCAGACUCAGGGAGAUGUCACGUGUUGUUUAAGGAAAAAGUGAUUCACUGGUUCAGGAUAUCUUGGUUGCAAUUCCUAGCAGGACCUCUAAGUUUGCUUUAUAUUUGUAUCAGCUAGAUUUGCUUCACCUUGCUGUGCUGAAAGGAAGCUUCUGUAGGAAUCCAAGGUGGCUAACUUAGCAGUUGUGAGAGUAUGUGUUAUGGCAAGAACCAUGUGCAUCAUGUUUGUUAAGCUUGAGGUAUUUCAAUAAACAUGAGAUCUGCUUGGCA